UAGCGUGGGCGAGAUAUCCGGUGGAUAGGCAACAGGAUAUGUUGGCUGGGGAAAAUUGAAUUGAGAAAUUUAAAUCUCCUAUACAUUGCGCACAAUUGAUGACAGAAAAACACAUGGCAGGCAAAGAUGUUUUCUUUUGUUCCCGCGAAAUAAAUUACCCCGUAGUUUUGUCAAUUUAUCCAAAGGGGAAUUCAAUUCAUCUGUAAAACCGUAUUAAGAGUUGGUUCUAUCCAAAUAAUUACACUUUUGUUUGAAAUGCUUGGAGCAUAUCAUGCCGCGUUGGUUGUUGACACCUGAUUUGCGAGUCGCCGCUGACGGAUUUCAAAAGAAUUAGCAUACUCGCCCACUCAAGGAGGUUUAUUUGUAAACGCGGACUUAGGCAUUGAGGGGAGGUCAAUCCUCAGUACACUCGCCAUGACUUAGCAGGUAAAUACAAAGAUUUACUGACGGAAUGAGCGAUACCGACAAGCGCGGGUUUUGUUUAAGACCCGGCCUGGGUUGUAUAGUGUUAGUAUGGAUUUUAAUAGCCACAAUCUCACUGGUCCUAUCGUACUCCAUCGCCCGUUCAACUGGACAUGUCUCACCUUUUGUUCCCGCUAUUAGCGACAUAACUUCCAAGAACCCCGAAGGAGCCAUUUUCGCCGAGUUAUUCAACGCGACCGCCGUUUUCACUCUAGUUAUGAUGGCCAUUCGGUACUACCAAGUCAAGAUGAUAAAUAGACAGGUAGAAGGCGGUGAAUCAUCACAUCUAUCUCAACUUAACAUACUCAGCGUCGUUUUCGGCGUUGGAAGUGCUUUGGGAGCGUCCUUUGUCGCUAAUUUCAGAUCCUCAGAGGUUAACAACUCUUACUCGGUUAUGCACAUAAUCGGAGCCGCACUCCUUUUUACCAGCGGUGCUGCGUAUUGUUGGGCUCAGACAUUCACAACCUAUCAACUGGCCAAGUUCAACGUCAACGACAAGUCUGUCUUCACCGCGCGCCUGGCCAUUUCAAGUAUUCUUACACUAAGUACCUUGCUGUUCUUGAUCUGCGGAGGACUGGGUUAUCACGACAAGACGCCCGACACGGUUUUAAUUGUGGGUAAUUUAGCCGAGUGGCUUGCGGCUUGGUGUUUUGGUUUGUUUGGGUUGACGUUCUUUAAAGAAUUUCAAAACCUUUCUGUAAAAGUUCAAUGCAUACCUAGAUGUAGUGGACAGAAUAGCGACGCCCUUAAAUAUUCCACUAUUCCUGUCUCUGGUCUCGAUGAAAACAUCACGGACAGCGAUUGACGAAGCAGCAAGUUUAAGGGGGCGGUAUCCGCCUACCUAAAGGAGUCAUGACAACAGCAGCAGAGAAAAUAAGAGACUUCAACUUUCUGUGUUUCCACUGUCGGUGAUACGAUAUUUCAAUUUAGGUAGAUAAUUUAAAAUAUCAUUUCCUUGAAAAUUAAUUAUCAAAGUCAUGUUAUUUAAGGUGAUUUUCAACAAAUACUUGUAAAAUUUUUUUUUUUUUCAUUCAAUUUAAUUAAUCAAUUUAACGAGACUGAUAAUAUAAAACCGAAUUGUUCUAAACACAAAUAAUUUUAGAUCCCAAAUCUAAGAUACAUAAAUCUAUUUUAUUUUUGUACGGAUCAAUAAUCGUCUUUUGUGAUAAGGCUAGAAAUUCAUUCUCUGAGACAGCUAAGAUCAACCUUUCUUUUAAGCCUCUCCAACUUGACUAAGUGAAGGUGUUCUCUAUGUUCAUUGUUGUACCGUAAUAAUUCUAUUUAGUGCCUUCUGAGCGUCCCCCUGGCCUUAAAUAUUGAAUACCUUCCUUAAUUUUAAAGUAGUCGUGCCAAAGCCACAGUACGGAGUCAAUCUUGCGUUUAUUGUUCACACAGCUUCCACAGAGGAAGUGGUGUGAGCUGAACUUUCAUGUGUAGCUGUUUUCGAGACAUCGCCGGUUUUGACUCAGGUUUUUAGAGAUGUGGAGGGAGUAUGACAAAGUUCAAACCCAACGUAUUUAUUAUUUUUCGCCCUUUCCUUGAGGCGGAAACUAAAAUUAAGGCCCAGAGGUGUUAAAUCGGAUCAUUACAGUAUCUACAGUAGACAACAUGGUAGGGUAGACUGGAGAUAUUUGUUUUGACAGAUCACUUUAUUGGUUUAGUACUGAAAUUUAUCGAAAGACUAAAUAUCUUGCCAACCCAGCAAGCGGCUAAUGUUAUCACAGACACAGAGGACAAAAGACAGUUAAUUUUAAUUUUAUCCAGACAAAAUAGUUUCAUUAUUUUGUAACACUGCUGGUGAGAUGCCUAUUCCCAUCUAAAAAUAGCUCAUUUGAAUAAAGAAUGUUUCAAAGAA